AGGUGGUGGUGGUGGUGGUGGACGAGGUAGUGGAGGUAGUGGUGGUGAGGAGGCGGCUCUGAGAAGAGAGGGAGACAGCGUGUGUGAAGGAGCGCCGUCUACGCGUCUCUGAAAGCAGGAGCAGAAGCCUCGGACCGAGGAAGACACUGCCGCCGCCCCUCCCCUUCCCCGCCUCAGGGUCCCCCCCCUUCCCCUCCCCGUCAGGCCGCGCGGAGAGAGCGCCCGAAGCCCCAGGAGGAGGCGGCCGAGGCCCCCCGAGCCCCGAGCGCGCGGACCGAGCGAAGCCGCCCGCCCCGUGUGGUGUGUGAGGUGAAAGGCAGCCGCCCGCCCGCCCCCCCUCUCCCUUCUCUCCUCCCCGGAGCCGGUGAGCGCGGAGAGAGCACCACCAUGUCGGCGCCGGCGGCCAAAGUCAGUAAAAAGGAUCUCAACUCCAACCACGACGGAGCCGAUGAGACCUCAGAAAAAGAGCAACAGGAAGCAAUUGAACAUAUUGAUGAAGUACAGAAUGAAAUAGACAGACUGAAUGAGCAAGCCAGUGAGGAAAUUUUGAAAGUAGAACAGAAAUAUAACAAACUCCGCCAACCCUUCUUCCAGAAGAGGUCAGAAUUGAUCGCCAAAAUACCAAACUUCUGGGUAACAACAUUUGUUAACCAUCCGCAAGUAUCUGCACUGCUUGGGGAAGAGGAUGAGGAGGCACUGCAUUAUUUGACCAGAGUUGAAGUGACAGAGUUUGAAGAUAUUAAAUCAGGUUACAGAAUAGAUUUUUAUUUUGAUGAAAACCCUUACUUCGAAAAUAAAGUUCUCUCCAAAGAGUUUCAUCUUAAUGAAAGUGGAGAUCCAUCUUCAAAAUCAACUGAAAUCAAAUGGAAAUCUGGGAAGGACUUGACGAAACGUUCAAGUCAGACACAGAAUAAAGCCAGCCGGAAGAGGCAGCAUGAAGAACCAGAAAGCUUUUUCACUUGGUUCACUGACCAUUCUGAUGCAGGUGCAGAUGAAUUAGGAGAGGUCAUUAAAGAUGAUAUCUGGCCAAAUCCCUUACAAUACUACUUGGUUCCUGACAUGGAUGAUGAAGAAGGGGAAGGAGAAGAAGAUGAUGAUGAUGAUGAAGAAGAAGAAGGCUUGGAGGACAUUGAUGAAGAAGGUGAUGAAGGUGAAGAAGAUGAAGAUGAAGAUGAUGAUGAGGGAGAAGAAGGAGAGGAGGAUGAAGGAGAAGAUGACUAAUAGAACACUGAUGGAUUCCAAACCUUCUUUUACCUUUUUAAUUUUCUUCAGUCCCUGGGAGCAAGUUGCAGCCUUUUUAUUUUUAUUUUUUUUCUCUUGUGCGCAUUCGCCUUGUUCUCUUGAGGUCUCUUUCCUCUUUACACCAUGGUUCACAACUUUUUUGGGGUGUGGGGGGGAAAUACCUUGAGCAGAAUACAGUGGGAAAAGAAUCUCUACCAGUUUCUGUUCCAAGUUCAUAUUUUUAUCCCUUCCUAUCUCAAAACAAACUGUUUAUGGAAUCAACACACUGUGUUCUGUGGGAAAAAAGAAACCUUCUGCUCCCUUCACACUGCUGGAAGCUGAAGGGUGCUAGGCCCCUGUGUAGUAGUGCAUAGAAUUCUAGCUUUUUUCCUUCUUUCUCUGUAUAUUGGGCUCAGAGAUUACACUGUGUCUCUAUGUGAAUAUGGACAGUUAGCAUUUACCAACAUGUAUCUGUCUACUUUCUCUUGUUUAAAAAAAUGAAAAAACAAAAAAAAAACAUGGGGUUAUAGCAGGUCAGCAAGGGUGGGUUUGAGAUGUUUGGGUGGGUUAAGUGGGCAUUUUGACAACAUGGCUUCUUCUCCUUUGGCAUGUUUAAUUGUGAUGUUUAACAGACAUCCUUGCAGUUUAAGAUGACAGUUUUAAAAUAAAAUUCUCUCCUAAUGAUGACUUUGAGCCCUGCCACUCAAUGGAGAAUCAGCAGAACCUGUAGGAUCUUAUUUGGAAUUGACAUUCUCUAUUGUAAUUUUGUUCUUGUUUAUUUUUAAAUUUUCUUUUUUGUUUCACUGGAAAGGAAGAUGCUCAGUUUUAAACGUUAAAAUGUACAAGUUGCUUUGUUACAAUAAAACUAAAUGUGUACACAAAGGAUUUUGAUGGUCUUCUCUCAGAAUAGACUAUUUCAGACCUCCUUCCCUUCCAAGUCUGACGUAAUUAUUGUUGAACUUUCAGUGUCACCAAAUCUGGCACAUUUGUUUGAUCACUGUUAUGAUGUGCACUUUGCAAAAUUACCUCAGGGCUGUAUGGACUGAUGUACUAGAAUUGAGUCCGAGUCAGCGUGCCAUUGUCCACAGCUGUAAAAUACCUUAAUGUAAGGUGGCUGGAAUUCAUCCUUGAAUUAUGCUAUCAAGUAUAGAGUAGGUCUGGCAAUCAAAAAGCAUUUAUUAGUGUGAUGUGCACACUUAUUUUUACAAAGGAAAUGCAACUGCUUCAUAGAUUGUGAUAUUCUAAUAGAUACAUGGAGUUGAACAGCAAAAAUGUUGCUGUUAGUGCCUCCAGUCAGACAUAUUUGGUGCUAUAGUGUCCAAUUUACAGCUAGAACUGGUGUUGAUCUGUAUUGGUUGGUUUUAUAAAGUGUAUCCGAGGAGAGGAGUAAACCAUCAAUUAAAAGUGGGUGCCUCGGGGUAAGGGAACUCAGGUUAGGUGUACUUAAUUUUGUUUCCUCUAAAUUACCACCUCUUAAGCAAAAAAAGAAUCCAAAUGAAACUAUUUGUUAACCUGGUGAGAUACAGACUAUGCUUUGCUAAAUGCCAUGGUGCAUAUGAACAUUUUUCGAAAGUUGUUGCCUAAUGUGUAGGCUUCUAAUGCUGUAAAAUUUAGUAGCUAAAAGUUUUCUGACACUUAUAUUUUUAAAGAUGUGAGUUCAAGGCUGGCCUGUUAAAAAUGCAAAAGCUUUUUGAUGUAUGAAAUGAUAUAGAGAACUAUUCCAUCAAGAGGCAACUCGUAAUAAAACCUGUUUAGGUGGAUAGAAUGUAAUUUUUCUGCACAGGUCUUUGUGUUUAGUAAUACAUCACUGUGUAAGGUCAGGAAUCUUGCUCCAAUAAAGGAACAUAAAGAUUC